GCUAUUUUGAAAUUUGUGAGCUUAAGUAAAGAUGAAGUUCCAGAUAUCAACGUGUUGAAGGAAAUGUUGUUGACGAAAACAAAACUUGUAGUAGUCCAUCAUGUCUCUAAUAUGCUUGGUUUCAGAAUGUCAGAAUGUUUGUUGACACUGCUCCAGAAGUUGAGGCACUGAUGGACACUACUCUAGAAGUUGAGGCACCUAUUAACACUAGUACUUUACCUGAGACACCUACACCUUCACUUUCUAUUCAUCCUGAGCCACUGAAGAAAGAUGUUAAGUGCAAAUUAUACGUUGGGCAAGGUGGUGAUGUUGUGGCUCUUAGACGGGUGGUGGCUACCAAAGGCAAUGUACAUGGGAAAAUUUUAGCACCUGGUAACUAUCGCGAGGUUAUUGAUAAAUGUCUAGAUGGGAGUGCGAAACUACCUGUCUCAGUUAGGGAUGAGACAACUCUUGUGGUUCAUGCGGUCAACAGUUUUGUUGCUUGGCCAUCGCAUCUGAUCAUUUCUUAUGAUCAUGAACAGGAACCCAAGAGACUAAAGAGAAAGAGGAUUUCAGCCGCUUGUCUGCCAACACAAGACCUAAAACAUCCUCAACAACAGCUUCCCACUACUCAAGAAGAGGUAGGAUCAAGUAUGGCUAGUAAGCUGCCGAUUAUCUUCAAGGUUUCCAUUGGACUUCCCAUGUUUUUGAAGAUACUUCUGGGUUCAGUUAAGUACGUAGAACCAGGAUUCAUGAUUGACAUUCUUAUGGAGACCAAUAUUAUGGGUGAACAAUAUACCUUAUAUAUCUCAGAUGAGGAUAUAGUACACUUUGGACUUAUGGAAGAAAUCAGCGCGUCUUGCAUUUCAUUCUAUAUCAGACGUCACUGGAUGUUAGUGAUCAUUGAUCCAGAUGACGAUACAUGUUACUAUCUUGAUCCACUUAGAAAAUCCCCUCCAAAUGAUUUGAAGAACCUUAUGAAUAGUGUCUCUUCACACAUUAAGCGAAAGACAGGAAGGAAUGAAAAAAAAAUACAAGUGGAAAAUAGUCAAUUUCCCUCGUCAAACAUCUUCAGUAGAGUGCGGCUUUUAUAUCAUAAGGAUGAUGAAGGACUAUUGCUUGAAUGAGACACUCAUGCGAUGAUUAACUUGUAAUUAUGGUGGGAAGAAUAUAUAUAUACUUGGUGAAAUUAAUGAAACUCGAAAUGAAUGGGCAGCCAGGCUUCUUGAGCGGAUGAGUCAUAGCUAUAGUAACUUUUGAAAUCAGAAUUAAAAAAUAUACUAAUUGUAGUUUUUAGUUAGCACUUACAUAGUUAUUCCAAGUGUAUAUUUUGUUCUUGUAAUUUUUAAAUUUGGAACAUACUUAGUUCUAUUGAUUAUUUUGUCUGCUUAUUGAUUCUGUCAG